AAAGAGGCCCAGAGUAGCCUGGGAAGUGUAGUUCGGUCUGCGCAGCAAUGGCGUCAUGGUGGGAGUUGAGGUUCUGGGAAGCUGCAGAGGCCUGAAAAGAGAUUCAUCUGUUUGCAGCUGAGACUUAGCACCCGCAGCUUUUCCUCUCCUGCCAUUUUAACAGCCUAUAGCUCGCUGGGCCUGGCUCCUCUCAAGUCCUGGUUGACUUCAAUAUGCUGCGACGAAAACCGACCCGCCUGGAGCUCAAGCUCGACGACAUUGAGGAGUUUGAGAGUAUUCGAAAGGACCUGGAGGCCCGUAAGAAACAGAAGGAAGAUGUGGAGGGUGUAGGAACCAGUGAUGGAGAAGGAGCUGCUGGGCUCAGCAGUGACCCCAAGAGCCGGGAACAAAUGAUUAAUGAUAGAAUUGGUUAUAAACCCCAACUCAAGACCAACAACCGCACAUCUCAGUUUGGAAACUUUGAAUUUUAGAGAUGGAUUCUCUUGCAUGCCAGACCCCUGGGACAGAAUACAAUGAUGACAGAAGUACAAACCAGAUUUAGAAAAUUAAGUGUGUGCAACCAAGCAGAAUGUUUUCAGUCUCCUGCAGGGAGAGAUAACUUCUGUGUGAAAUUAUUGCUGUCCAACCUUUCUGAUAGGAAGCCAAAUUCUGGCUUGUUCCUAGAGAAUUGGACUGCAGAAAGCUCACCUGAUUUUUGUUUUUAAAAAUAAAUAUAUUUUUGGAAAAAAUGUGAGACGUCCUUAAAGGUAGUAACACUGCUAAUCUCCAGCUCUGACAGGUAACUGCUACAAAUCAUUCUCCUUGUCUUUACAAAAAGACCCCAGACCCUGAACACUUGCAUUUGAUCCCCUGGACUUUGACUUGUUUAUUCAGUAUCUGGUGACUGCUGACCAUCCUGCAAGCAACAGAGAUCCCAGAUGACUGCACUCAGGCUGCAAUCCAGCAUCUGGGAGGCUGAAGUAGGAAUCUUAAAGAGUUGGAGGCUAGUCUGGGCUACAGAGCAAAACCCUGUCUCAAAAAUGUCAAAAAAAAAAAAAAAAAAAAAAACAAACGAAACCAAGACAAAGAUCUCUGUUCUCAUGGAGACUAGAUUCUAAUGAUCAGAUUGUCAGAAUCAAAUCCACUUACAGAAAGGUUUUACACAAGUGGGGGAGUCACGAGCCGCUCUAAUAGUGAGAGAAAGAGAGAGACUCUAUUCUUCACUUGGAACUUCACUUGCACAGGACCCAUCUGAGCGCUACUCUGGAUACUUUUGCACCAUGCCCUAUUGUUACCAAAAAAUUCAGGGACAGAACCACCAGCUGUGGAAGCCAGAACAUCUGGAAUUAAGUUUCAAAGAAACUCCUUAGCUGGGAUUUACCCAUGAUUUUGGAUAGUUCCUGAGUGAUGUGAAUGGGAAGGUAGAGACAGAGGGGAUGUAUACGUCCCUCUUCCUGCUCCAAGCUUUUCUACAAAACCUUUAUUCUAGUUUUAUUGAUGACCCCUAAGUCAUGUUAUCUUCCUGUCUUAGAGAACAAUAAAACCCCCAAGACACAGGCUGUACAUAGACUCUUAUUAUUGCAGCCUGCAAAGGCAUUACAGGGGGCAAAGAAAAGGAAGAAAAGGACCUGCCUGCUUACUGCAACUCCCCAGUAGGAUUUCUCACAGUUGUUUUUAUGCCUCCUGCAUGGCUUGCCUUUUAUACUUAUAGCUGUCCUGCAGAGGGCUGUGUUAGAGUGCUGAGUGAUUCGUGCAGAUUCUCUUAGUUCCUGAGGGCACGCCAUUCUGAAUUUGCAGAAGUGAACCAGAGCGCAGCCAUGAAGUGGUAGGUACUGGGCAGUCUGCUUUCCAAGCCCAGGCUUCCAAAAAAGCAAUAGCCUCAACUACAUUGCUUUCUUAGUGUUCUGAGCUGAGUCUUCAAGAAAGCAGUGUGUCAUGGAGAGAGAAUUUUCUAUUUUUCAGUUUCCAAGAAUUUCUGUGCUCUCUUAUUAACAGAAUAAGUAGACCAGGACUUAUUGUAAUUGCUAAUCUUUUCUGGGCAUACUUAAAUUAUAUGGAUAAACUCUGUGUUCCUUAGGAUCUGUUUGUUUCUGGAUUACCAACACUGACCUUCUGACCUUA